GCCAGCCAUGCUCUCGCUCCGAAGGGAGCGUCAGUCAGUUCAGCUGCCGGCCAAGGAGGAGAGGAAGGAGCGACUGCGCGGGUCGGGGAGGUCCUGCGCACCGAGAGCGCGUGUCGAGGCCACUGAGGAAAACUGAUGCCUAGCUGCUGUGACGUAGAAAUGAUCUCUUUGCCAUUGCCUGAUGGAGAUGAUCCAGUGGAACAUUGUAUCUUAACCUCUGCAGACCCUGAGUUGAAAGAUCACAUUCCUUUCCCACCCAAAAGCCAUCUCAAGACCAAAGUAGACAGCAGUGCCAAAAAGAAAUAUGCCUCUGCAAAGAAGAAGGCAUUUGCUCUCUUUGUGAAAGCCAAGGAAGUGGAAGCGGACAUGUCUGCUUGCCAAAGGGCAAUUUCCUGGAGAUGCUGCCAACAGACUUUCAAAGAUCUGACUGGCAUUCACAGACAUGUGGCUUCUCAGCAUUCAGGUGACAUUGGGCAGCAAACAGCUGUGAUCUUAAAGCAGAUGACAGGCAGCAGAAUCACAAAUAGCCCCGCCUCUGUGGAUGAAACAUCUAGGCCCAACAGGACUCCAGACAGAAACCAGGAGACGAUCUACAAGCUCCCAGAUAUAAGCCACAUCAGUACUAAUGAAAUGAAAAGUGAAUUUGGGGAAGUUUUGCUGUACUAUUGCUACUGCGAGGUGGCAGAUCCUGUGGGACUUUGUAUGUGGCAGAAGGCUUUAUGUCAGCACCUGCGUCUAACCGGCAAGGUGCGAAUUGCUUCAGAAGGAAUUAAUGGAACUGUUGGUGGGAGCAGGGCAUCUACUAAACUAUAUAUGGAUUCAAUGCUAUCUCACCCCCUCUUUAAAGGCACUUUGACAAAGGAAGAUUUCAAGACCAGUACAGGAGGGGCCCACUGUUUCCCUGAUCUUCGAAUUGGCGUGUUUGAAGAAAUAGUACCUAUGGGAAUUCACCCAGAAAAAGUCUCUUACAAAGAAACUGGAAUCCAUUUGGCUCCAAAGGAGUUUCAUGCAGAAGUAGAGAAAUACCUUUCUCAGGGUCAUAAUGCACAGGGGGAUACAAUUUUGCUGGACUGCAGGAACUUCUAUGAAAGUAAAAUAGGGCACUUCCAAGGCUGUCUGGCUCCCAACAUUAGGAAGUUCAGCUACUUCCCCAUCUACAUAGAUGAGAAUUUGGACCUUUUCAGGGGCAAACGAGUCUUGAUGUACUGCACAGGAGGAAUCCGCUGUGAGCGGGGUUCAGCCUAUCUCAGGUCUAAGGGUGUAUGCAGAGAGGUUUAUCACCUCAAAGGUGGCAUCCACAAGUACCUGGAAGAAUUUCCUGAUGGAUUCUACAGAGGAAAGCUUUUUGUUUUUGAUGAACGUUAUGCCAUUUCCUCAAACAGUGACGUGAUUUCAGUUUGCCGUUACUGUGGGACACUCUGGGACCAGUACCAUCUUUGCUCUACCCAGCUCUGCCGUCAACUUGUCCUGACAUGCCAACAAUGCCAACAGAAAGGGUUCACAGCCUGCUGUCCCCUCUGCCAGGAGAAAGGUCUUGCACUGGCUUUAGCACCUUCAGGACAGACCUUCAAAGAGGAGUGUGAGUGUACAGGAACACGGCAGCGGGUACCAGUGGAACGCUUUUGACAAAGAGCCCUGAAGUUAUACUCCCUCUUUAUGGAUGAUUGCCUGAGAUGUCGGUUCUGAGACAUGUUUUAAUGGAUUUGAGGGAGUUAGUUGUGUGGGGCAGUUGAGCAGAUCUUCAGUUCCAGCUGCAGUCAAGGUUUCAGUGCAAGAUUGGAUUCCUCUCAAAAGAAAUUGCAUGGAGAAGAAAGGUUCGACCAUAUUUAGAGUCUUCCAGCAAGACAACUUGAGGUUCGUACAUGUGAUGCUUUAGGAAGGCCUAAUUCACAAGCAAUGAAAAAAUAGAAGAUUGGUCUCAACCCAACAGACAAGGCUAUAGUGCAUGCAUCGUUAAUUUUAAUGAGUUGCAUAGAAUUCUGUGCUGUUUUUGAAUGUUGCCCACUACCGGUAACAGAACUAAUGGGAUACCAUCGGUUGACUGAGUUGAGCUGUACCACAGAGGUAGACAAGCUUUUUCAUCCUGAGGGUUACACUUUGGGCCAUAGAAAUUAGGGUUGCUGAUGUUAUAAUGUAAUUAGAGUAAGCAGGGCUCAACAUUUUGAGCCGUUUUCAGGAGUGUUAGGGACAGAAGUGUAAAGUGCUCUUUGCGCCUUAACACCCCCAAAACAAGUCAUACUUGCCCAAGUUUGGGGGAGGGGAUGUUUCAGAGUUUAAGGUGCACGCUGAAUAUCUAAAAUAUCUCCUAUCUAUAAAUAGGAAGUAUUACGUACACCGCUUUAAAUUGCACAAAAUAAAGGUGGGAAAUAAUAAUAAUGAUGAUGACGAUGAUGAUGAUGUCACCCUUUUUGCUGUUUUAAAUCCCCCGAUCUUUCUUCAGAUGAACAAUGGAUCCAAAGAUUUCAGCCAUGCCUGCUUCUGGGCUACCAAUGGGGAUGCUGGCCGCUCUCAAUCAUUAAUGAUACUAUGAGCAUCAAAGGAAAUUCCCCAUGUCCCUUAACUGUGGGACUGUCAUCUCCAUUUGGGAAAGGCAGAUUAUGACACUGUCAAGGGGGAGGCAUACAAGCAAAUGGUACCCUCUUUUGGCAACACAGUGGCAAAAUCAUAUUUGUAUGGACAGCUAGGAAAAUAGAAGACAUGCCUUCAACCAUUUCAGCCACUGUCUGCAGAAUGUAAAGCCACCCUCCAUAGAGGAAGUAUAGGAGGCUUGUGCAGUGAGAAGAGGUAUCCCCAUCAACAGUACAGGGAGAUUAGUAGAUCUUGCCCAGGUACUAAUACUGUGCUCUUGCAGAGCAAAUGGAAUGGAAUGAAUCCAAAAGCCUUUGUUCAGAUAAAGCUUUCAAACAUUAAACCCCACGCAGCUUUCUGAAAAACCAUGUUGGAUCAAGGAAACUGUCACUAGGACAUGCGAAACAGAAAGAAAUAUAAUACAAAAAUAGUCAAUUUGCAAGCAUAAAGAGUCCUGACACACUCUUGUGUGUAUUAUCAGAUUUAAUCCAUAUUUUUAAAUUCUUCAGUUCUUCAGGAAAAAUAGAAAUAACCAACAUCCCAUUCAGCAGCUGCCUUUCUUGUGACUAUUGCUUAGGGAAACAGUGGCCUUACAUUUUUUGUGCUGGAGGGCUGUGAGGUAUAAUAGAUGAUUCUAAUGCUGGGUUGUAACUUAGGGUUCUGGAUGUUGCUAGCUGAUUGCAAUUCUCAAUUUAAAAUAAUUAUGUACAUUGGGAUGAUAAAAAUGCUGUCAGAUUAGUAGAAUCUUUCUAAUUCUUUCAAGAUCAAAAUAAAGUAUUUUUUUAACAUUUCUGCUACAUUUGCAGAGCA